AUGAUCUCCGAGGGUGGGAGGCUAGUGGAUAAGAAGCCUCUAAAAGGUUAUCUGCCGGAGAGGAUAUGCCGCGUGCUUUGCUCCUUGGCACUGGUCUUCGUGCUUUCGUUCCUCGUCUCGUCCCUCUUCUUCCUCCUUCUAUCAGCAACGCUAUCCCCGCUACUGACAUCCCUGCUUCGCUAUGGCGCUCCCGCGGAGCCAGCCGAUGCGGGAGGGAGAAUUGCAUUCAUGUUCCUGACGCGUGGACCGCUGCCAUUGGCUCCUCUGUGGGAGAAGUUUUUCUAUGGUCACGAGGGUCGCUACGCCGUGUACGUGCACGCUUCGCAGCCCAACUUCACAUUCCCCUCCAACUUCUCGCCAGUCUUCGUUGACCGGCAAAUACCAGGCGGCAAGGUGGAGUGGGGUCGAAUGUCCGUCGUGGCUGCCGAGCGACGCCUGUUGGCCUACGCCGUCACGGACAAGCGAAACGAGUACUUCGUCCUCGUCUCGGAAUCGUGCAUUCCGCUGUGGUCGUUCGACUACAUCCACAAUUACAUCUCCAGCACGCACAUCAGCUUCGUCGAGGCGCACAGGGACCCGUUUGACGAGGCGUUUGGGCGGUACCUGCCGGACAUCCACAUGCCGGCCAUCAGGCGCAAGGACUUCCUGAAGGGCAGCCAGUGGUUCGUCAUGCAGCGCCGCCACGCCGAGCUCGUGCUGCAGGACACGGAGCACUACCUCGUGCACUCCAAGUCCUGCCAGGUAGGGGGCGGAAAGGGGAUCUUAAGUCGACUCAAAUGUUGUGCCAGGUAUAGUAGGGGCGCGGAGGGUGGUCGGUUGGUGGGAAGGAAAAUGCGGCCCCUCAUAGCAUUCCCACGCGGGGUUGGUGCUGCAGGACACGGAGCACUACCUCGUGCACUCCAAGUCCUGCCAGGUAGGGGCGGAAAGGGGAGGGGAGGGUGGUCGGCUGGGAAGGAGGGGAAAUGCGCCCCCCUGUGCCUUUCCAACGCCGAGCUCAUGCUGCAGGACACGGAGCACUACCUCGUGCACUCCGAGUCCUGCCAGGUACGGCCGGGAAGGGGUUGGUGCACGGCUGGUGCGGAGGUGAGUGAGAUGCAGCCGGUCCUGUCCUCCUAA